AUGGCGGAAGGAAGCGGAAUCGAUCGCAAGGCGGAGGAAAGGAUGGAGUUUUCGACCUCUAAGGAAGUGACGGUCCACCCGACCUUUGAGUCCAUGUCUCUCAAGGAGAACCUCCUCCGCGGAAUCUAUGCCUAUGGCUACGAGUCCCCCUCGGCCGUGCAGUCCCGCGCCAUCGUCCAGGUCUGCAAGGGUCGCGACACCAUCGCCCAGGCCCAGUCCGGUACGGGUAAGACGGCCACCUUCUCGAUCAGCAUGCUCCAGGUUAUCGACACGGCGGUGCGCGAGACCCAGGCCCUCGUCCUUUCCCCGACCCGCGAACUCGCGACUCAGAUUCAGUCCGUCGUCAUGGCCCUUGGCGACUACAUGAACGUCCAGUGCCAUGCCUGCAUCGGCGGCACCAACGUGGGCGAGGAUAUUCGCAAGCUUGACUACGGCCAGCACAUCGUCUCCGGCACCCCUGGCCGUGUUGCCGAUAUGAUCCGUCGCCGUCACCUCCGUACACGCCACAUCAAGAUGCUCGUUCUCGACGAGGCCGACGAGCUCCUCAACCGCGGAUUCCGCGAGCAGAUCUACGACGUCUACCGAUACCUACCCCCGGCGACUCAGGUCGUCGUCGUCAGCGCUACCCUUCCGUACGAUGUCCUCGACAUGACGACCAAGUUCAUGACCGAUCCCGUUCGUAUCCUCGUCAAGCGUGACGAGUUGACCCUCGAAGGAUUGAAGCAGUACUUCAUCGCCGUCGAAAAGGAGGACUGGAAGUUUGAUACCCUUUGCGAUCUUUACGACACCCUGACCAUCACCCAGGCCGUUAUUUUCUGCAACACCCGCAGAAAGGUCGACUGGUUGACGGACAAGAUGCGCGAGGCCAACUUCACCGUCAGCAGUAUGCACGGUGACAUGCCGCAAAAGGAGCGCGACAGCAUUAUGCAGGACUUCCGACAGGGCAACAGCCGUGUGCUCAUCUCGACUGAUGUAUGGGCGCGUGGUAUCGACGUCCAGCAGGUCAGUUUGGUCAUCAACUACGAUUUGCCGAGCAACCGUGAGAACUACAUCCACCGUAUUGGUCGCAGUGGUCGCUUUGGACGCAAGGGUGUUGCCAUCAACUUCGUUACCAGCGAAGAUGUGCGCAUUUUGCGGGACAUUGAGUUGUACUACUCCACCCAGAUCGACGAGAUGCCCAUGAACGUGGCCGAUCUCAUCUCUUAA